AUGGAGCAAGCAAAGUGGGAAGAGGUUGUUUCUUCGUGGAUGAGUGGUAAAUCGUUUGAAUUGAGUACAGAGUGUGAGAAUGGGGUUGGUUUACCUAUUGAAAAGGCAAAAUGGCAAAUUACAGAUUUGGAAAACAUUUUGAUUCGUCAAAUGCAAUCACAAUUGAUUCUGAGUGUUGGUGUUCCUAAACGAGUGCAGGGCCCUACCUUUACAUAUUUGUUGAACUGUAAGCAGAUGCUUGUGGGUGAGAUAUUUGCAGAUAUGACAAAAAGGAAGGAAAAAUUCGAGAAGAAAACAGGUGUUAGCUUGGACAACUAUUACAGAUUGGCUGCGAGCGAAGUCGAGAAUGGGAAGAAAAGAAAAAAAAUGUCUGAGUCGAAUGGAAGCAACAAGGCCCUCGGGUGA